AUGGAGGGCAAGAGCGAGAGCAGUGGGUUUCUGUUUCCUGGCGACGAUGCGACUCAAACUACAACCUCCGAUGAACCUAGGACUUCGACCGGUGGAGGAGAGGGUGCGGUCAAUACAACACAAGAGCAAUCGCAGACAAUGCAACGAUCCGCGACUGAUAUGGGCCUACCGUCGCCCGCAACGAGCGGCUCCGCACAGCCACAGCUCGAAGUCCAGAGAAGUGCUACGCAAGACUUUGGACAUGCGGAACCACCCAUCGUAGCGCCUACAAAAAGUCGGACAGCGCCGGCGGAGCAGCGGACGAGGCCGGGUGUUGGGCAGAGGAAGAGCACGUUGCUUGGAUCCAUGAAGCGGUCGAGGACGGGAACCCAGUCGCAGCUUGGGAGGAGCGAUACGUACGAGUAUGCUUUCAAGGAUGCGCCCUUGUCGGACUCGGAGUCAAGCGACUCGAGUUCAGACGAGGAAGCAGAAGACCGAAAGGACCCGGUGCCACAGGCGACGGCACCACAGCCCAGCCAACCGCUCGAUACCACCGAAGUCAAAACUACAGACGAUCAGAAGGUCGCCAAACGCCGCUACGCCUACUCCCGCUUCACCAUCGGCAAUGACCUGUUCAAGACCAAAGGUCGCGUGUCGCGCAAAGACGGCCGGCUCAAAAUCUCCAUCAACGAGACGGCGAAUAGCGGAUACAUUGCCAAAGCGCUCGGGCAGAGCAUUCGGAAUCACCUCGAUAUCCCGCAUCGCAAUCGGAAACGCAGUUCGAAUGCCGAGUCUCCUCACGAACAGGCGCAGGAGGAAGAAGCGGAGUCGAUCGCUUCGUCGCUGAGGACGAGCGUUCCGCGGCCGAGACUGAAUAUCGUGAUCAUGGUUAUUGGGUCGAGGGGGGAUAUCCAGCCGUUCUUGAAGAUUGGCAAGAUCCUACGGCAUGAGCACGGGCAUCGGGUGAGGAUUGCUUCGCACCCCGUCUUUCGGGACUUUGUCGAACGAGACGGUGGGUUGGAGUUCUUCUCCGUUGGCGGCGAUCCUUCGGAACUCAUGGCCUUUAUGGUCAAGAACCCUGGUCUCAUUCCUAAUAUGCAGACUUUACGGGAAGGAGAGAUUGGAAGACGAAGAGCAGCCAUGGCGCAGAUGUUUGAGGGGUUCUGGCGGGCUUGCGUUAAUACUACAGACGGUGAGACGGACGAGGGGAAUCUGAAGAUGAUGGAGUCGAUGGAGCCAUUCGUCGCGGAUGCCAUCAUUGCCAAUCCACCCUCCAUGGCGCAUGUGCACGUUGCAGAGCGUCUGGGGAUUCCGCUGCACAUGUUCUUCACCUUCCCCUACAGCCCCACGACCAUGUUCCCGCAUCCGCUGGCGAACAUCAAGCCCCGACGGAGCAACGUGGACGCGGGAUACGUCAACUUCAUGUCCUACCCGCUGGUGGAGAUGAUGACGUGGCAGGGCUUGGGCGAUAUCGUGAAUAAAUUCCGCGAGAACACGCUGCACUUGGAGCCAGUCAGCUCGUUGUGGGCGCCUGGGGCGUUGUACAGGAUGAAGGUGCCUUAUACAUAUCUAUGGUCCCCUUCGCUAGUGCCGAAACCGCAGGACUGGGGACCGGAGAUCGAUAUUGCUGGGUUCGUGUUUAUGGAUCUGGCGAGUAGUUUCAAGCCACCGCAGGAGCUGACGGAUUUCUUGGACGCCGGGGAACCGCCUGUUUAUAUUGGGUUUGGCAGUAUUGUCGUCGAUGACCCCGACAAGUUCACGGAUAUGAUUUUCCAAGCGGCUGAGAAAGCUGGCGUACGAGCGCUGGUGCAUAAGGGAUGGGGUGGUUUUGGAAGGAGCAAUAAGGACACGCCGAAGAAUGUUUUCAUGCUUGAUAAUACGCCGCACGAUUGGCUUUUCCCAAGGGUGAAAGCGGUGGUGCAUCAUGGUGGUGCGGGAACGACGGCCAUCGGGUUGAAGUGCGGGAAGCCAACUAUGAUUGUGCCGUUCUUCGGUGAUCAACCGUUUUGGGGCGCGAUGGUCGCCGAUGCGAAAGCGGGGGCGCAUGAGUGUAUACCGUAUAAACGGUUGACGAUGGAGAGGCUGGCGGAGGGCAUCAGGCAAUGUCUGACGGACGAAGCGCAGGAGAACGUGCAGCGGAUUGCAGAUUCGAUGGCGAAGGAAGGUGAUGGGGCUGAGAAUGCGGUGAAGUCAUUCCAUCGCAGUCUUUCACUGGCUGGACGGCACAGUAUGCGAUGUUCGAUUCUUCAGGAUCGUGUUGCUGUCUGGACAUUGCGGAAGUCGUCGUUACGGCUUUCCGCGCUGGCGGCGCAGAUGCUGCAUAAGCAGGGGAAGCUGAAAUGGGGCGACUUGAAGUUGAUACGACAUCACGAAUGGAACGACUUUGACGGGCCUGGUGAGCCGUUUACGGGCGGCGUGGGUGCUCUAUCAGACUCGCUUUACGGCAUCAGCGAAGGCAUUGGCAUGGUCCCGGUGCGAAUCAGCAAGCACAUCCACGAGCGCGAACAGCAUGAACGGCGAAAACGAGCGAGGCAAAAACGAAAGGCGGAACGCGAGUCUAGGAAAGCUGCAGAAGCUACUCGGACCAAACAAGAACCCAGCACCGACCGCCCGCCAAACCGUAGAGAACUCACUAACGACACCUCCGCCUCCGCCCUCUCCGCUGAUCCUUCCGAGACCCUCCCGCACGAAGUCAUUGACGACCUGAGCUGGGGUCUCCGCCGCACCGGCGCCGCUAUCCUCACCAUGCCCAACGACUUCCACGUCGCGCUCGCGCAAGGCCUGCACAACUCGCCCCGCCUCUACGGCGAUUCAACCGUGCGCAAACCGACCAAAAUCACCGGCUUCAAAUCCGGCUGCACCGCCGCGCGCAACGAGUUCGUCUACGGCAUCUCCGACGGCUGGACGGGACUCGUGCGUCAACCGCGCGGGGACUGGGAGGACGGCGAGGGCGUGGUGGGGAAGAUGGCGGGGUUGGGAACGGGUGUGGGCAAAGGUGUAGGAGGUUUUGUGAUCAAGAAUACGAAUGCCAUUGUAGCGCCGCCGGGUUACGUGGUGAAGGGGUUCUUCAAGUGGGUGGAGAACCGGCAGCAGGGGCCGGGUUCGAAAGCUUUUAUUCGACGCUCGAGGAUCGUGGCAGGAGAGCAGGAUUUGUGGGGGUUAGAAAAGGAAGGGGCGGAGAAGGCGGAGCAAGCCAAGGCGGAAGUGAAAGAGGGGUGGGGCGUGUACGAGGAGAUCUGGGCAGAGGCGCAGAAGGAGUUUGGCCAUCUGGGCGGAAAUCUGGUGGGCAAGUACCGCAUGCGGAGGGAGAAGAAGGAGUGGGAUGUCAACGGGGCGUUGGAGAGCGUGGACACGGCAGGUAGAGCGUUAAGGGCGAGGAAGGACGGGAAGGAUUUGGAGAAGUUUUUUGAGCGGAGGAGGGAGGAGAUGGAGCGGGCGGAGCAGCCGCGGGCACCCGUUAUGGAGCAACCGAAGGGUGUGGAUGAGGGGGAGGAGGUGUUGCCGAAUGGGCGGACGGUGGAGGAUCUGGAGCGUAAGGGUGAGCGACGACGGGAUGAGAGUUCACGGGAGGAGCAGGACACGGGUCUGUCUGAGAGUACGGCGGUUGCGACGCCGGAGGAUGAGAAAGGCGCGAAUCCUGAUUUCAAUGGUGCUAGUGAGAAGGUUCUGGACGAAAACGCUUCGCACUUGCAGGCUGCUGUGGCUGUACGAUGA